CUCCUAAAUUUUCCACCUCCGAACAUUGAGCAUCCGAUUGAGCGAAGCUGUCGACCCUACUACCUACUACUACCCACGGCGCAUAUACCUGCUUACCACUCGCCCUUGAUCACCCUCCCGGUAACAACAGUAACUCAAGUCUUUUGCAACUCGCGAUCAUGUCGAAAAGAGGAGCGACUAUGGCCGACCAGGUCGUCAAGCUCAUCGUGGGCGCCGGCCAGGCGAGCCCAAGUCCACCCGUUGGUCCAGCGCUGGGUAGCAAGGGUGUCAAAUCGAUGGACUUUUGCAAGGAGUUCAAUGCAAGAACGGCGCACAUCAACCCUGGCACGCCGACGCCUUGUAGAGUUACCGUCCGAGGUGACCGAUCAUUCCAUUUCGAAAUUCGCACGCCUCACACGUCGUGGCUACUCCUCAACGCCGCCGAGGUGCCCCCGGGGAACAAAGGCAAGCGGAAGGGUGCGAGCAACCCCGGAAAAGAGACGGUCGGAACGGUCAGCUUGAAGCACGUCUACGAAAUUGCCAAGAUUAAACAAACUGAAAUGCGUCUGUCGGGACUGAGCCUGGAGUCGCUCUGCCGGUCUAUCAUCUUCCAGGCCAAGUCGAUUGGCAUCAACGUCGUGCCAUGAGAGAGCACCCGUCCUACGAAAGUCGAUUGUCAACCACGUAUAAAACCGGAGUCAGGCGCGGAACGUAUCCACUUGUAUACCAUGUCAAACGAAAAAGAGCGCCUUUGAUUACUAUAAUUGGAAGGGGUAGAGGCAGGGACAGAAUGGCAGGAGGUGUUUGUACGAUCAGAAUUCCAACCGCUAAGCCAACAGGCAGAGUAUGGCACAAACGUUGGUGCACUAGCGUCGCGUGAUCGGAACAUGGCAGACCACGAGAGAUGCAUCAUGCGCCCCAGAAGUUCCAACGGGGCAGUGACGUUGAGAACACGGUCUUGGUUUGAGAUGAAGUCUGUUCUCACCUUAGUCGCUUGCGCGAGACAGCUGGUGGUCAGCGGCCGUCUGCGGGCGAUUAAAGCGAGCUAGCGGACUGGCCGAUGCCAGAGACGUCAGAGAGCCAAGUACACCAUGACGAAAAGUAAACGCGAUGCUCGUGGAAAUGCGUAGAGCCGGGUCGGCCUGGAGCUUGGAUUCUCCGGGCCGAGAAGGGUUGAUUGGGAGAAAGUCUCAAUCGUGCC